GGCACACAGAAGAGGUUUCUCCCCGCGCUCGCGUGCCACAAGCUGAGAGCAGGGCUGUGCUGACGACGCGGGGCAAUGGCUGUGCAGAUGCAGUUCGAAGCAAAUGCAGAUACGUCGGCAGAGGAGGAGAGCUUUGGACCGCAGCUCAUCUCUAGGUUAGAGCAAUGUGGUAUAAAUGCAAACGAUGUGAAGAAACUAGAGGAAGCUGGAUUUCACACAGUUGAGGCUGUUGCUUAUGCACCAAAGAAGGAGCUACUAAACAUUAAAGGCAUCAGCGAAGCCAAAGCUGACAAAAUCUUGGCUGAAGCAGCUAAACUCGUUCCGAUGGGUUUCACCACAGCAACGGAAUUCCACCAGCGAAGGUCAGAGAUCAUCCAGAUCACCACUGGCUCCAAAGAACUUGAUAAACUUCUUCAAGGAGGAAUAGAAACAGGGUCCAUAACAGAGUUAUUCGGGGAGUUUCGUACUGGAAAAACACAGUUGUGUCAUACCCUGGCAGUAACCUGUCAACUUCCCAUUGACCGAGGUGGUGGAGAAGGAAAAGCAAUGUACAUUGACACAGAAGGGACCUUCCGCCCAGAACGUCUUCUUGCUGUGGCUGAAAGGUAUGGCUUGUCUGGCAGCGAUGUCCUAGAUAACGUGGCAUACGCUCGAGGUUUUAACACAGAUCAUCAGACCCAGCUCCUGUAUCAGGCAUCUGCUAUGAUGGCUGAAUCACGAUACGCGUUGCUGAUAGUGGACAGUGCCACAGCCCUGUACCGGACAGAUUACUCGGGAAGGGGUGAGCUGUCAGCUAGGCAGAUGCAUCUGGCCAGGUUCCUGCGUAUGCUUCUUCGACUUGCAGAUGAGUUUGGCGUGGCAGUCGUGAUCACUAACCAAGUGGUAGCGCAAGUGGAUGGAGCAGCCAUGUUUGCCGCAGACCCCAAAAAACCCAUUGGAGGAAAUAUCAUAGCACAUGCUUCCACCACGAGGCUGUAUCUGCGAAAAGGCCGAGGUGAGACCAGAAUAUGUAAAAUUUACGACUCUCCUUGCCUUCCCGAGGCUGAAGCAAUGUUUGCUAUUAAUGCUGAUGGAGUGGGAGAUGCUAAAGACUGAAGACUCAGCUUCAUUUCCCGUGUGACCCAAGACCGGGUGUCCAUAACCCAAGACCGGGCUCCUUUCUUCGUGGCACCUUACAGAUGCUUUCCCCACUCAGAUGCUGGCAGAGGAACCUCUUGUAUUUCGGCACAGAGGUCCAUCAGGUGAAUACACUCUGAGACCCCUCUAGAGGGAUCCACCCUCUCGGGCUUUGGGCACGUGUUAGCUUAGCGCGGUUUCUUGAGCGCGCUUUCGGAGGACUGUAGCUUUUGUAUUUUCCUCACGGCUGUUGCCCCAGCUGGAUUCUGCCAGUGGACAUAGCGCAGUCAAAUCUGAGAGUAUGUGGCCAUAGCUCAUCACUUGGUGAAUUUGAAGUAGCAUUGGUGGGUUCGUCAAAUGAGAAAAGUGGUGAUUUAAAUACUUAAUGGAUUGCUUUAAUUAUAAAAUAAAGCGGGAUGCUAUUCCCCAGGAAGAGCUCGAGGCUAUUGCUGGGACUGAUGACUAUCGCAGUCCGUCUUCUUCCUGUUAAUUUUGGUUUGGAUACUGCAACACGCUGGGUUUGGGGAACUGUUAAUUUACAUUUCAGUGUUUGGGUUUUUUUGGUUUUUUUGGUUUUUUGUUUUUUUAUUUCACUCAUUCUCUGUGGAAAUCUGCUUUUAAUAAAAAGGACCAUGAAAGUGUUGACGACAUCACAGGUUUCUGGGGUUCAGCCAGGUGUUAAUUCAGACCAGGGCACAUUUCAUCUGUGGGUAGGGAGACGAUGCAUAAGUCUCAGCCUGGAUUUUUUUUCCUCCUCAUGCUAAUGAAACAUCAUCUGCUGGAUUUGGGCUGUGCGGUGCAGCUGUCCCCAUGCCCUGUUAGGGGUCUUGU